GUUUCUGUACAGCACAGCGAUACGUGAGGCGUCCUCGAAGACGGCUUGUUCUUGGCGUUGGGUGUCGACGCCUGUGACUCGAAUUGAAGCUUAGUGGAAUUGCAUGGCUGGUGUUUGGUCUUGAUUGAUUCGUUGCAUUGCCGGUGUUUUGUGUAGCUCUGUCUUUGUUGUCAUCCCCCUUCAAACUCUCUCAUCAUGCGCGAGGCCAACUUUAGCAUCCCGAGCGCGAACAAGGCCUCGGUAGGCAUCACCCCUGCCCUGUAUGACCGCCGCGCUCUCGACUGUACCUCAACUCUUCCCUUGAUCAACUCCCUCAACAACCUCACCUACCUCACUACGUCAUCCGCACGCAUCCGCGACAUCCUCACAGUAGACGGUGGCGUUGAACGCCUGGUCUGCAUCUUGAAAGAAGGCAGGAGCAAAGAUGCCAUGGAGAGCUGGAAAUGGAACCUGGCCUUCCAGUGUGUCUUCAACAUUGGUGUUAGAGGCUCUGAAGCGGUACGAACCCGCGUCGUAGAAGCCGACAUGGUCCCCGUAGUGGCCACUCUCCUCGACAACUACAUUCGCGCCAUGGAGAAGCUCAAGAAGCGAGCCGACGAGGACGCCAGACGCACUUCGGCCAACUUCAACCCCUACCCCGCUCUCCAGAGCCCUACACGCUCAAGCCGAUCACCUUACCAGUCUAGGUCAGAACGCACUCCCAGAAGAUCGGUCCCUCCACCGAUCGACAUCUCUACUGAUGAUCAGCCCAUGGCCGAUCAACAACAACCACCGCUUCGUAACACCAGACUCGACUUUGGUCGUCACACCCCGAUGCACGACGUCCGUCCGCAGUCCUCUCCACAGAUCCGUUCAGAACAAGCUUCCCGUCAGACUCUACGACCAGUUCGUGAUGCAGAUCGUCUACCAUCGAUGCUGCCUAACCUGAAUGCCGAGCUGAGCUCGCAACCCCAGUCACCUACCACUCCUAGUGCAACAGCGCCGACUAGCCCUCGCUCCGCCCUAGGCCUUGGACGCAGAAGACCAUCCAUCCGUCAUCAGCUAUCCAUCUCUGGUAAUUGGGAGGAUGAGCAAAGCGAUGAUGCUGUUCAGGACACUUCGGACACCGCUGAGACAUCGCCCGAGCCAAUGGUCGACAUUCAGAACGACAUCUCCAUGCAGGACAUUGUUCACGAUGAGACCAUGCUCGAGGGAAGCGUCACUCCCGUAGCUCUGAGCGUACCCACCGUCGAUGUGUCGGAUUCGGAUUCAUUCAUCACCCACACCUCGGUGCAAGAUGGCAGCACCAACAACAACCAGACACCCACACAAACCCAGCCUGGCUUCGCACCUCCCCAGCAGCUUCCUUCUGUCGAUAUUGUUAACGCUACCCCACCAGCACUCAUGGCUCCCCGUGCUGGUGUACCCUUCGUCUCGGCCCCAGCUCCUCUUGCCGCCGCCCUUCCCCGUGACGAAGACGUCAUCAUGUCUCUCCAACUGCUCGCCUAUGUUUCGAAAUACUGCAAUCUUCGUUCAUACUUCCAGGCUUCACACCUUGUCCCCCGCCUCAAUAUCGAUGCCGAGCUAAAGACAUUGGAUGUUGACUACGACCCAUCCGUGCCUUUCACCGGACCCUCUCAAGAAGAGCUCGAAGAGGCGUGGGACAAUGAGUUUGUCGAACAACCUGCUUACAACAUCUUCCCUUUGAUCGAGAAGUUUACUGUACGAUGUUCGAGCUCCCGUCAAUCUCUCUUGCCGACAUCGGCGCAGCAGAGCGAGACGAUGCAAUAUUGGGCAGGUGUUGUCAUGCGCAACCUUUGCCGCAAGGAUGAAAGCCGUGGCGGAAUUCGUCAAUGUGCAUACUGGAAAUGUGGAAAAUGGGAAGAAUACACACGGCAAUUUGCCAAAUGCAGACGCUGCCGACGGACCAAGUACUGCAGCAAAGAGUGCCAAAAAGGUGCUUGGGGCAGUCACAGAUUCUGGUGUGUAGCAGCUGAGGAGGGCAAAGAAGGAGAGAACUCCCGGCAUCAUCACCACCAUUCGCACUCGCAUUCGCAUUCGCACCAGCGGUCCCACCACCACAACCAGGGCGAAGGAGCAACAACAGCAACAGCAGCGGCAGCAGCAGCUCCGGCAGCAAGAGGCGAGGCAUCACGCUCACGAGCACAUCAUUCUUGAAGUUGAUUACGAAAGGGGAUUUACACAGCAUAUGUUUUUUUCAACUUUCCUCGGCAACGAUAUCCAUUUUUUGGCCGAUUGGAAAGAGUUAGGGUAGUUAGGGAGGCAAAGAUUGAGCAGCAGCUUCGGCAUGGGCAAUAGAGCGCCUGGCCAUUUAACGAACCAUUGCGUAGGCGUUGUGGAGGACAUUUGCGAUAGUCUCUGGACAAGGCGUUUCUUAUAUGGGAAGAGGAAGCACUGAUUGUUACUCGGGCAGUACGAUAUUUGACUAUUAUUUACUUGUCACAAACCCGAAAUCUUGUGUCUUUGUGUGACUGUGGUUUGUUGGCGUGCUUUGUGAAGCAGG